AUGUCGGAAUACGGCUCUUCACAAUUCCUCUCGCGCGGACUGAAGAUCUUCGCCAUUUUCUCCAUGUUCACCGGAACAGUUGAUCUGAUUACCGGACAUAAACUUGUUAUACCCGAAUCAGAGCGAGCUCUCCUCCCCGCCCCAACCCUCGCCUUCGUGGAUAACCAGCUUCGCUUCUUGGGGGCAAUAUGGAGUGGAUAUGGAAUGAUACUCUGGUGGGCGAGCAACAAUCCCCAGGCGAGAAAGAUUCCCCUUUCUUUACUUGGAACCGUCAUGUUCGUGGCUGGUCUCGGUCGCUUGACCUCAGGGUUGAGUUUGGGCUGGACUCCCUCGUGGCUCAAGAUUGCUGCUGCUGCAGAGCUCGUGGUCCCUCCUUUGAUCUACCUGUUUGGAUUCUAA